AUGAGGCGCGCAGUGCAACGCUUCCUGCCCUCAAGAACUCAAAGUUCAGGCUCUACAACUUCUAUCAAAAAGGCGUUGAAAUUUGAUAGUAUAAAUUUGAUACAAGAUUUUUAUAUAGACCUUGAUGAACCACACAAAAUAUUCAAACCUGGUGAAAAUAUCAAGGGUACUAUAAUAUUGGAUUUAAAGAGAAACAUAACAGAUAUAAACAUUACAAUGACUCUGGUGGGGUUCAUAAAAGUCAAACAAACAAAUAACACUGCAGCGGUUAGAAGUAAACCAACAUUAUUAUUUAGAAAUACCACUGUAAUAUAUGGGGAAGAAUCAAAUAAAGAAAAUGAAUAUAGUGGUGAACAGUCACAAGAAAAUAUAGAGUUACCUUUAUCAGGCUUAACAAAAGGUGAACAUAGAUUUCCAUUCUCUAUAAGACUACCCAGAAGAAAUAUUUAUACAUCAAUCACUUUUGAAAAAGGUUCAAUAUCAUACUCUUUAAGAGGUUCAAUAAAUCACACAAGACUACAAUCACCAACCACAUCUUUGACAUCAUCCCCAGCAUCUUUACAAUCACAAUCUCCAAAUAGUCUAAUACCAACAACUAAAAAUUCAAUACAACAUUGUGACAAGAAUUUACAAAUAAUAGUACCCAUUAAUGUGGCAAAAAUACCCAAACCUUCAACUAAAGUUGCCGUUUUGAAAAUAUCAGAUAAAGCUUUGAAGAAGACAGUUUCUUCAACUUCAACAGUUAAUUCAAAUACCACUCAAUUUACAGUGGCUAGUGAUAAUAGUAUUGAAUCUUUGAACAACAACAACAAUAAUGAUAAUAACAGUAAUAAUAAUACAUCACAACCAAGUAAUCCAAUACCAGGUCAGCAAGGUGCCAAAUUAUAUGUUGAUUUACCAGAAUCAGGUUAUCUACGAGGUGAAACAGUUCCUUUGAAGAUUAGAGUUCAACAUUACAAACCAAUUCAGUCAUCUGCUGGUGUCAUUGUGACUUUGAUUAGAAUAUGUAGGGUUGAUAAUGGCCCUGAAGCUCCAAUUCAAUCUUUUAGAAAAGAUCUGUCACAAACCAUUGCACCACUUUAUAUUGAUCCAGCAUCACUGACUGCAGAUAUCAGUACAUCAUUAAAAGUACCAUUGGAAUCGUUCCCUACUAUAGUUGGAUCUGGAUUAGUUACAUUUCAGUAUUAUGUUGAAGUUUUAGUUAAUAUUUCAAGUAAAAAUUUGAUUACAAAUAACGGGACCAGUUCAACAUGUUCCAAAAGUUCCAAAACUAAAUUUUCACAUAGUUUAGUUUUCAAUACUGAAGAUCCUCAAGAAAUGGAAAUGUCUAGGUCAGAAACUGGUGUUCUGAAUGUUGACAGAUUGAAAAGAAUUAAAAAUUUCCUGGGCUUAAAUACUGAAAUCAUUAUAGGUACUGAAAGAUCUCAUAAAAAUGGUUCAUUGGGUAAGAAAACAGUUGUUGGAAAUGCACUUCAUCAUAACAAUGGUCAUAUUAAUAAUUCAAGCUCUACAAAUAGUCUAUAUCGUGAGGAUAGUCAAAAUGGUGAUAGCCCAAUCAUUAUGGAUUCUGACAAUUCAAUAAUUGAAGGAUUUUCUCAAACUUCAAUUAGUCCUUUGAGUAUUAAUGGUACAUCAAAUGGUGUUGUUUCUAAUGGUAAUCAAACAAAUGGUAAUACAAGUGUUGUGUCAACAGGUGAAGAAAUUCCAAUACCUGAAGAAGAUCCUCACUUAUCAGAGAAGGAAAUAUUAAGAAUUAGAGAAGCUGCCCUGUUACCAUCAGAGCCAAUUAUUAAUGAUGAUGACACACCAGCACCAAGUUAUUCACUAAACUCCUCAGAUCUUCCACCACUCCCUGAAUCCAACACAUCAAUAACAGCUGAUCAUAGUGUAACUUUGAACGGCAUUGCACCAGCUGUAACAAGUACUUCAAACUCAACAUACACAAAUCAGUCAACAGAUAAAGCUGAAUUGGAAAGAAGAAGAUUACAAGAACUGGAAAGUGAACCACCUGAAUUUGAUUAUGUUCCAGAAUAUAAUCCUGCUGGACAGGAUAGGUUAGUUCAUGUUAGUACUCAAGAAAGUGAAAAUGGCACACUUCGACCAAGUUCUCCAUGA